AUGACGCGCCUCGUAUUCCUUACUACCCUGGUGGUAGCAGCUUUUGCUGCUGUUGCUACAGCUCGUCCAGCUCCUAGCACUCACACUGUGCAUGAGAAGCGUAGUGCAGUCCAUUCUCGCUGGAGCAAUCCGCUGCGAAUCAAAUCCGACUUUUUUAUUCCCGUCAAAAUCGGGCUGAAACAGAGUAAUCUUCAUCGUGGCCAUGACCUUUUGAUGGACGUGUCCCACCCCGACUCAGAAAAUUACGGCAAGUUCUGGAGCGAAGAGGAAGUGACUCAGAUGUUUGCUCCGUCUGAUGAAUCUGUGACCGCGGUCAAACACUGGCUCACUACCUCUGGCAUACACGAUAUUCGUAUCACUCACUCCGAAAACAAGGGCUGGUUAGCAUUCGUAGCUUCAGGUGAUGAGCUUGAAAAUCUGCUACAUGCGGACUUCUACGAGUACGAAGAUUCUCACACUGGCGACAAGGCGAUCUCGUCUGAGAGGUACCACGUUCCGAAGCACCUGAAAGAGCAUAUCGACUACAUUACCCCGGGGAUUCGUUUCCCAUUCCUGAAAAAACGCAGCCCAGACGGUGCUUUCAAGGUCCCUCUACGAUCACCUGCACCUGCUGACCUGACAAAGUCUUUAGCUUUUAAUACCACCAGCUGCGAUGAAGCCAUUACCCCCGGCUGUAUUGCCGCAAUGUAUCAAAUUCCUCAAACUUCCGGUACACCCUCGCCCAACAACUCCCUCGGUAUCUACGAAACGGCCGAUGUAUACAGUCAGAGCGAUCUGAAUAACUUUUUCGCCACAUACCCUUCGUAUGGAAUUCCAAAUGGGACCGCUCCCAUAUUGGAUGCUAUCGACGGUGCAUCCAUUACCAGUGGCAUUGUUGCCGGCGAGUCGAAUUUGGACUUUUCGCUGGCUUAUCCCAUCGUUUAUCCUCAAAACAUCACCCUGUACCAGGUUGACGAUACCUACUACGCCGAAGUUGGAUCUGGUGGUGGUCGUUUUAACACAUUCCUUGAUGCACUUGACGGCUCAUACUGCACCUCUUGCUAUGCUGGCGAGUGCGGCGAUGCUAGCAUUGACCCUGUCUACCCGGACCCUAUCGGAUACCAGGGCCAACUCAUGUGUGGCAUUUAUACUCCUACGAAUGUAAUUUCACUCUCAUAUGGUGCAGCCGAAGAUACAGUGCCUCGCUCGUACUACGAGCGUCAAUGCAAUGAGUUCAUGAAGCUCGGUCUCCGCGGAGUAUCAGUUAUUUUUGCUUCAGGGGACUCUGGUGUUGGUGCGAGUCAAGGAUGUCUCGGAAAUUCUAGCACAAUAUUCAAUCCCGGUUGGCCCGCUAGUUGCCCUUACGUGACCAGUGUUGGUGCCACCAAGAUCCCAGCCGGUGGCUCUAUCAAAACCGAAGUCGUUGCUAAUAAUCCAGCUGGUGACCCUUAUACCAUGGCCUGGGCUAGUGGUGGUGGUUUCAGCAAUGUCUUCGGCAUUCCUGACUAUCAAGCCGAAGCUAUUGAAAACUACUUCGCCAACUACAAUCCUUCUUAUCCUUACUAUAACGGUACUGUUCUAGGCGAAAACGGCGGCUUGUAUAAUCGUUCCGGUCGCGGUUAUCCUGAUGUUUCUGCUAUUGGCGACAAUAUUCCAAUCUACGUUGAUGGCUCAUUGACUAUCAGUGGCGGCACCUCUGCAGCGGCCCCUGUUUUUGCCUCGAUAAUCAACCGCAUUAUCGAAGAGCGAAUUGCGGCGGGCAAGCCCGGGCCUGUAGGAUUCUUGAAUCCAAUCUUGUAUAAGAAUCCCGUUGCAUUCAACGAUAUUACCAACGGGACCAAUUCGGGGUGUGGCACAAGCGGUUUCUCUGCCGUACCCGGCUGGGACCCAGCCAGUGGUUUAGGCACGCCUAGCUAUCCGGAGCUGAGGGACGUUCUUAUGGCCGUUUAA